AUGAGAUCAACGCAAUCUGUACCACGGGCGCUCGUCUCCUCUCCCUCUCGCCCACGAACUCCUCGCCGCCGCCGCCACCUGUGCCGGCCGCUUCCGGCGACCUCCGACGCCGCGCAGCACGCCCCCGAGCUCCUCACGGUCCGCGCCUCCCUCCCCUCCGACCAGAUUCUCCGCUCCCGUCCUCUACCGCCCGCUUGCAACCCCACCCCCGUGGCUAGGGUUCCGGGCAAGGCUUCGCCGGCUCGUCUCCAGCGGCCCCAGUUAUUUGGCUCAUCGUCGUGUCGCAAGUUUCUGACGUCGCUGUACACUGUGGACUUCGCCAGAAAUCCGUCUGCACGUACUCCACCGUCUGCCGGAACUUCGUCUGACCUGAGGGUGGAGAGGCGAACCUCAAAUGGGCAACAUCUGAUCUUGCUCGCUGAGCUGCUAUUCCUGGUAUACAACCCUUAG